AGGCGGUUGAGCAGCAGCACGGCAGAGGACUUUUAAAAUUUUCAAAAACAGUCCAUACACAAGAGCUGAAGACAGAAAAACACAGCUUUGUGUCUUCUAAACACACCAGGAUGGAGAGUGACUCAUGCGAUGAUAGCCAGAGUGACAGUGGAGUUUCAGCAGACUUCUCCCCAUGCAGCACUUUGGAGGGCAACACCACCAUUGCUACAGGUACCCCAGCACCUGCACUUAAAGAGACUCCCAUUGAGAGGGAGAUCCGACGGGCUAUAGAGCGUGAGCACAGCCUGAGAAGGUCCAGGGGGCUUCCAAACCCACCCACCUCCCCAGAGUAUGUAGAGAUCCCUUUAAGGAAAACUGUUCUCUGCCAGUCAAUAACUGCUAAGUCUGAGAGGUGUCAAGGCAAAGACAGGCAGUUUGCAGGCAAAAAGAUGCAGCAUGACAUCCAUGCGGAGGUCCAGAGGGAGCAGGAUCUGGUCAAGCUUGGGAAACUUCCAGGUGUCUACGACAAAGGCACUGUACGCCGACUCAAAGAGAGGAAACAGCUUUUUGAGGCCUUUCAGAAACCCAAUGACUCAACUUUGACUGUGCCAGCCAGGAGUAAGACCACAUCCUGGUCCUCCGCCAGUGACAUUUCAACCUUGGAGGACAACUCAUCGCAGGCAUCCACCAUAGAAGGCUCAUAUGUGGAGAGGAGCCCCACGCAGAGCCCAAACUUAGCCAAAGGAGGGGGUUCUACUUCUUUAACUCCCCAAGGACCAGGGUUCUCUGAGGGGACAGCCUGUCAGGUUAUCAUCCUAGAGAACAAUCUGAGUGUCCCAGCACAGAAGCUCUACCACGCCAAACCAGAGACUGUCGUCGACUCUGGAAGCCUUAAUAUCUCAUCAUCCAGGACAGGAGGACAUGGUGGGAUUGAAGUGAGAGAGCAGGAAAAGGAGGAGAGGGAAGAGGAGGAGGUGGCACCCAAGGAGAACCCCUUUUUUAAACUGCGCUCCUCAACAAAUGGAGUUAAAGUGGAGCAGGACAUCCGGGAGGCCCAAGAGAGGGAGAAGGAGCUUCACAAGCAGAGGAUCAGUCUGUAUGGGGGCACAGAGGGUGCAAAAGGAGGGGGGGUAGGAGGAGGAAGAGGAGGGGGAGAGAGGCCUGUCAGCACAGAAGGAAAGAGUCCCACGUUGUCCUCUUCUUCACUGAAUGGACUGGCUGUUCCUGACUCACCUGGCUCAUCAUCCAGAGGGGGUACUAGACCCACAGCAGCACGCCAGUCAGUUGGCAAGUUCAGCAUGUGGCCCCCGGCCCAGGCUGAAGAGGAGAAGAUUAACCGACCGGAGAGUCCCCGAACCCCCAGACAGAAGACCCCUCUGGUGCAACGCUGGGAGUCAGGCCUAGUCAACGGACACAGCAAUGAAGAUGACUGAGGAGACAGAGUGCACUGAAGGAGGGAUGAAGGUUAACCGAGACCUGUAGUUUUUGGGGGUUUUUUUUAAAGUGGAGGACUGAAAGACUGUGAGAUGAAAAGGAAAGCAGCCUAAGGAAAGUGGGAGCAGACAGAGGAGGAAAGAGAGAAUGUGAAGCGAGAAAGAGGUCAGGGAUUGAGGCUUGAAAGGGGGUCAGGAGGAUUGGGAGCAAGGAAAAGGAUUGAUGGUGGACUGAAAACCCUGAAGAGUCAAUUCAGCCAGGAGGAGAGAAAAAGAAGGAAGAGGGCCCACCUAUUACUGAAUAAGUACUUGGCCUGUUUCUGGUGCUGGAAAACUGUGAGACUAAUGAAUGUAAAAAUGGCACACAAAAAAAAAAUAAUAACACUGCACUGGAGAAAAGAAAAAUGUAAAUUCAGUAAGAAGUGGAUUUUCAAACUUUAAUGAAGUUCUUUACAAUUUGAUUUUUUUCUUAAAUUAUAAUAAGUCGUUAUUUGUUGACAAAAAUAGAUUUAGUUUAGUUUAGUUUAUUUAGUUUAUCAAGGGACAGUGUGCAAUAGCAUUAAUCAUUUACAAGAGAUGAGGAGAUGGUUGCACCAGAUUUAGCAAUAACUGCUAAUUUCCAUCUGUAGUCCCAAGAUUGAGUGGUACCAUAGGCAGCUAGGAGAACAAUGUGUCAUCACCUGUUUUAUGCCUUUAAUGAUGUCUUACACUGAGUUACUAGUUUAUUACACUUGUACAAUCUAAUGCAAUCCCAUACAAUAGCCAUGCAAUAAACCCUGCCUUUGUGUAGCUCAGUCUGUUCAGUUUUUUAUUGACAGUUUCAGGGAGUUGCUGAUUCAACUCUGUGGUCAUUUUAGAGGCAGUAGUCAGUGUUAGGAUUAUAUUUGACUGCAUUAUAAUGAAUCUCCACUUACACACAUGUGAAGGGACAAAAGUUGGAAACACCUCUCAGCAUAAUGGAGUCCAGUGCAACACCAACACUCACUAAAACAUGACCUUCUCCACAAAGAGAAUUCAUUUCAGCAUUUCUGUUUUUGAUCAUAUUGUUGAAGUGUUCCUAAUAAACUGGUAACUCAGUGUAUAUAGGCCAGUAAUCGAAAUGAUUGUACCAGUUGUAAUCCAUGAAUGACUCCUUCUUUUGUUAUGUUUCAUGCAUCACUCUGAGAGCCGGAUCAUAGUGCAAUAAGGCACCUUCUUCAAAAAGCACAACAUUGAUCUGGGUUUCAGAGCUGAAUGAUAGAAAAUCAUA